UGGUUUUAUAAAUUUGUGUCUACCAGUGGCUUACGAACCUUAUAUUGACAAAUGGAUUAGCAAUUUCGCAUACGGCGCCUAAUAUCUGCAGUAUACAAACGAAGAAAAUGCGCUCCCUCCACUUGCUCGCGCCUUCUUCUUUUUCUCUAGUUUUGUUUGAUUGCCAAUGUCAAAUAUCUAGUCACUUACUUUUCCCUCACAAUCUCAACAAUGGGAUUGCAAGAGCGAGCAGAAAGCUUAAGAUUUCUCAAUUCAAGGCUAGCUUUUGGGAAUCCAUCAGAUCCGGAUUCGUAAAGAACAAUAUGACACGGGUCAUUGAACCACCAUCCUUACCUGAUGAAGAGGAAGAAGAACCUUUGCUAGAGGAAUUUGUUCUUGUUGAAAAGACUGAACCAGAUGGAGCUACUGAACAAAUUAUAUUCUCUACAGGUGGUGAUAUCAAUGUAUAUGAUCUUCAAGCUUUAUGUGACAAGGUGGGCUGGCCUCGAAGGCCAUUGUCAAAACUAGCUGCAGCCUUGAAAAAUAGUUACAUGGUGGCUACAUUACACUCUGUAAGGAAAUCAUCUGGAUCAGAGGAGAAUGACCAAAAGAUGCUAAUUGGUAUGGCUCGUGCUACCUCAGAUCAUGCCUUCAAUGCUACAAUAUGGGAUGUUCUUGUUGAUCCUGGCUAUCAGGGUCAGGGCCUUGGUAAGGCUCUUAUUGAAAAGCUUAUAAGGGCUCUUUUACAGAAGGACAUUGGAAAUAUAACACUUUUUGCAGAUAGUCAAGUUGUAGAGUUCUACCAGAAUUUAGGUUUUGAACCUGACCCUGAAGGGAUUAAAGGUAUGUUCUGGUACCCAAAGUAAACUGUAUUCACUUCAAGGAGGUCAAGUUACUUAAGUUGGGAAGUUGGUUCAUCUUUUAAGUUCUCAUGGAACUUGGGAAACUGGUGGGGAUUUCUCUAUUUGACCGCAUAUUAAAUGUGCAUUUGUAAUUACAAUUUACAAGCAAUCAAUAUUUAUUCGUUUUGUAAUUAUUGUUCGUAAUCUGCCAUCGACUUGCAAUGGUUGCUCAAUCCCCAAAGCAUGAGAAUGAACUAGUUCAAGAGCAUAGAUAUUCUCAAGUGGUGAAGUUUUCAUA